AUGGAGGAAACUGAACAUCCUGAUCUCCCACAAGCAGUGAAGCUGCUGAAAGAGAUGAAUACAAAUGUGCAACAAGUUUCACAACUUGUAGAUAAUAUGUUAGCCAGAGUCAGGAAUGGAGAAUUGUCAACUGAUAAAGGAUUGAGUUUCUUGGAGAUGAAAUAUCAAAUGUUAUUAAGUUAUUUAAUCAAUUUGACAUAUAUUGUCCUUCGAAAAUGUUCAGGGGAAAGAAUUGAAUCUGAUCCAUCUAUUGAUAGACUUAUUGAAAUAAGAACUGUAUUGGAGAAAAUUCGUCCUAUAGAUUCUAAGUUAAAAUAUCAAAUUGAUAAACUUGUGAAAACUGCAGUUGUUGGUUCAGUUACAGAAGAUGAUCCACAGUCAUAUCAUGCUAACCCUGAUAAUUUAGUUAGUAAAAUAGAUAAUAGUGAUGAAAAUACUAGUGAUGAAAGUGAUGAUGAAGAAUCGAGAAAAGAGAAAACUACUAAGCCAAAUAUUUAUGUUCCACCAAAAUUAGCAGCUGUGCAUUUUGAUGAGAGUACUUCAAAAAUUGACAGUGAAAAGAAAAACAAAGAAAGGUCAAAGAAACAGUUUCUUAAUUCAAGUGUGAUGCGAGAACUCCGUGAGGAAUAUUCUGAAGCACCUCUAGAAGUUACAACAGGAAAUCAAAUUAAACAUUCUAUAUCUAAAUAUGAGCAAGAAAAGACAGAAUAUGAAGAGAAUUAUCUUACACGUCUACCUGUUACAAAAGCAGAGAAAAAUCGUAGGAAAAAACUAACAACAGUAGGUAUGUUGGCAGAUGAAAUAACAGGAACUCGUCAGACAUCUCGAAAGCAUAAGUUGAAAUCUAAAAAGGGCAAAGGGUUUAAAAGAAGGCGUAUCCAUUGA